UUACUCUGCGUGACGCAAGCCUCGCGUCAACGUGUGACGCCGUGUCUCUUUGUUGGUUCAGCUGCGGCGGUGCUUGUGUUGAUAUUUUCUCUGCGGCUGAAAAAUAAAAAAGCAGUGUGGGUUUUAAAAAAAUACAGAGAGAGAGAGCUAUCUGAACGUUUGUUCACUCCCCGGAAUCCGACCAUUAUAUGAUAAUGGACUCGGACGAGGGUUACAAUUAUGAAUUUGACGACGAGGAGGAAUGUAGCGAAGACAGUGCCGAAGAGGAGCCCGAAGACGACACCCUGGAGCUCGAGGAGGUGGAGCUGGUCGAUCCUGCCGAGGCCGGCGGCGAGCGGGACGUGUGUGGAGAGACGGGAGGCAGCGGUCUGGGGCCUGGCCAUGAAGAAGAGGAUUAUCGCUUUGAAGUUUUAACUGCAGAACAGAUUCUUCAGCACAUGGUGGAGUGCAUCAGGGAGGUCAAUGAGGUCAUACAGAACCCAGCAACAAUUACAAGAAUACUACUUAGUCACUUCAAUUGGGAUAAGGAGAAGUUGAUGGAAAGGUACUUUGAUGGAAAUUUGGAGAAGCUUUUUUCAGAAUGUCAUGUUAUAAAUCCUAGUAAAAAGUCUCGAACACGUCAAAUGAAUACGAGAUCCUCUGCACAGGACAUGCCUUGUCAGAUCUGUUACCUGAACUAUCCCAAUUCGUAUUUCACGGGCUUAGAGUGUGGACACAAGUUCUGCAUGCAGUGUUGGAGUGAAUAUUUAACUACCAAAAUAAUUGAGGAAGGAAUGGGCCAGACUAUUUCCUGUCCAGCCCAUGGUUGUGACAUUCUAGUGGAUGAUAGCACUGUUAUGCGACUUAUUACAGAUUCAAAGGUCAAGUUGAAGUAUCAACAUUUAAUUACCAAUAGUUUUGUAGAGUGUAAUCGACUAUUAAAAUGGUGUCCUGCUCCUGAUUGUCAUCAUGUUAUCAAAGUCCAGUAUCCAGAUGCUAAACCAGUUCGUUGUAAAUGUGGGCGUCAGUUCUGUUUCAACUGUGGAGAAAAUUGGCAUGAUCCUGUAAAGUGCAAGUGGCUUAGAAAGUGGAUUAAAAAAUGUGAUGAUGACAGCGAAACCUCAAACUGGAUUGCAGCUAACACUAAGGAAUGUCCAAAAUGCCAUGUGACUAUAGAGAAAGAUGGGGGCUGUAAUCACAUGGUGUGUCGUAACCAGAACUGUAAAGCAGAAUUUUGUUGGGUUUGCCUUGGACCUUGGGAACCUCAUGGAUCUGCAUGGUACAACUGCAAUCGUUACAAUGAAGAUGAUGCAAAGGCAGCCAGAGAUGCACAAGAGAGAUCUCGAGCAGCACUUCAGAGGUACCUUUUCUACUGCAACCGCUACAUGAACCACAUGCAGAGUCUCCGUUUUGAACACAAGCUAUAUGCUCAAGUUAAACAGAAGAUGGAAGAAAUGCAACAGCACAAUAUGUCAUGGAUUGAGGUGCAGUUUCUGAAGAAGGCUGUGGAUGUACUUUGCCAGUGUCGUGCCACGCUUAUGUACACUUAUGUUUUUGCUUUCUACCUCAAAAAAAAUAAUCAGUCCAUAAUUUUUGAGAAUAAUCAGGCAGAUCUAGAAAAUGCCACAGAGGUGUUGUCUGGAUAUUUGGAGCGUGAUAUUUCACAGGAUUCCCUACAAGACAUAAAACAGAAAGUCCAAGAUAAGUAUAGAUACUGUGAGAGUCGGCGAAGAGUGUUGUUACAACAUGUGCAUGAAGGCUAUGAGAAAGACCUUUGGGAAUAUAUCGAAGAUUGAAGAUAACUCCGCUUACAAUGAACUUUUGGAGAUUAACUUUACCAACUAGAAUGCUGAUGCAAUUAAACUCAGUGUCACACAUUGUUGACACUGCUGGUCUGCUACCCAAUCUUGCAUCUUUUUUGUUUUGUUUAAUGGAAAGUUUAAGUAAAUUAUAUUGUAAUAAAACAGUAGUUACAAAACAACAGGAUACAAAUUGUAUAACAGUAUUGUAAGCGGCAGAGUGGAGAAUGUGAGAAGACACUGAAAAAACCCUCCAAGCUUGUAACCUAGCUUCCAUAUUCAAAAUGAAGCCUUUUUGUUCCCAUUUUAUUUUUGUAUGUGUAGGAAAUGGAUUUACAUUUUGUUUUCAGAACAGCUUUCAAUGUUCGAUUUACCAUGUAUGUUGUACAUGGUUUUAAACCCCUUUCAGUUGGUGAAUGUUGAUUGGCUAAUGACAAGGACACAUUUAAGGGGUAAAUAUUUGUAUAUGACUUACAGACAACAAAAGAAAAAAAAUCAGUAUUUUUCAAAUUGUAAAUAAUGCAUAUGCAUGGAGAGUUAAAGAGCAAGUGUGGCACGUGUUUGCAUAAUUUUUAAAUUACAAAAAAAUAUUUAUUCUUUAAAAAUCUUCAAGAUGAUGUAUAUUUGCUGUGUAAUUUCUUAAAUUGUUUCCUCCCUUUUAAAACCUGAUUCUUUUCAUGUUAACAUUGUGUCUAAGCGGAAGUAUGGGUACAAGUCAGAGCAUAAUGGGUAUGCACUCCCUGUUUUCUCCUUUAGCAUUUCUGGUCCUUCAGAAGUGUUUGGGAUGGAAAGCUUUCAGACUUUGUCUUUCUUAAAACAGCAUCUGUGUUAGUUACACUAUUCCUGGUAUUGCAAAUACCAUCAUGACCUAGACGAGGAGUGUGUUUUAAUGUCUUUUAUAAGGGUGUAUUAAUAUAGUUUCCUAAAAUUUAACAAAAUAUAUGCAAAAUCUCAGGCUUUUUAAAGUCAUCCUACAGCAAUUAUCAUUGCAAUUGUAAAAGACCUUUUAAAGAUUUAACUCAUUCAGACAUCUGAAAGUGAAUACAGAAUUUUUUAGUAAGGACAUUUUAAGUCCAACUUAAAUGAAGUGCAACUAAUAUCAAAUAAUGUGUAAGUUUUUAUGCAGAAAUUGUGUGUAUCUACAGCGAUGGUUUAAAGAUUCUGUAGUACUGACUGCAAAAAAGAAAAAAGAUUAUACUACAAAGAUAAGCUGAAGUUUUACAAUGAAAGAACUAAUGGUAUUAGGGUCAAUAACAUCAUUUUUCUCUUUUUAUGCUGCUUUUUUUCAAACAUUUCACCAUGGUGUUAAGAAUCGUAAUGCUUAAACUGGCUGCACAAAAGUUAACCUAUUUAAGAAAUAGUUAUUACCCUUGUUCUGUACAAAUCCCUUGGACACACCAUGUAAUGGAAGUGAUGAUCAAGAACUUCUGUUUGCUUCGUACCAAAAAUGAAGCAUUUUAUUUCAAACAAUUUUUUGAAGACAAUAGUUGCAGCCUCUUUGUCACAGUUUUAAUUUUAGAACUGUCCGUUUAAAUUAAUUUUCCAAUAAUAUGCCUCAGUGAUUUUUUUCUUUUUUUAAAUUUUGACAGCUCUGUCACUUUCUACAGAGCAGUAGUCUGAAUUACUCUGUAAAAAAUACAGAUGAUUUGGGUUUGUUUGCAUGAGUGAUGAAAGUGAGAGAUGGAGAAUGUGUGUUUAUGUAUGAGUGAGUUUCAA